UUCACGACACGCUGCGUCUCCUUGCUAACGUUUGACGUCAUCCCGUCGUUGGAGGCGUAAGAAACAUGGCUGCUCCCUACAAGUGGAGACUUUUCUCUUGGUUUUAAAUGUUUAAUAUUCGUUUCUGAAUGCAGGUGAUAGCUAUGGAAGACGAGGUUAAGAAAAUGGUGCCAUCUACUGAGGAAGAAGAAGUGGAGAAGGAGGAGGAAGAGACUGAGGAAGAAGAUGAUGACAGUGGAGAUGAGGAAGAAGAGGAAGAUAGAGAUGAAGAUAGACAUGGUAAGGAGGAAAAUGAAGAAGAAGUGAUGCCACAGGGUGCAGAUAAAAUCAAGGAAAAUAUUCAAUUGCCUGUACAACCCAGAGAGAAAAAACAGACUGAAGGUCUGAACCUCAACAAUGAGGUAGUGAGGAUGAGGAAAGAAGUGAAGAGAGUAAGGGCUUUGAUCAUCAGGAAGCUGACACGACAGAUUGGCACCUUGAAGAAGAAGAAGGGGAAAGAGGCAGAAAUUGAGAGGAAUCAGAGGAGAGUCUCCAGACUGCUGGAGGAGAUCCAUGUCAUGAAGACCCUCUCACCAGACCUGGUGACCAAAACAGCCUUACAGAAGAAUCUCAACUUUGAACAGGAGUGUAAAAACCCCAUGUCCACUGCUUCCAACCGGGCCAUAGCACGCAUCGCCACCCACCCUCAAUUCUCCAAGAAGAUUGAGGACAUCAAAACUGCUGUGAAAGCAUUCAAAGAGGAGCGGAUGAAGGGUGGAAAGCAAGCAGUGAAAGAAAAUGUUCAAAAUAAAGCUGUAAAGUUUACUCCACCGGCACCAGACAAAAAGGGAGAAAAAAAGAGUGUGAAAGAAGUGGACAUUACAGUGGAGGAAAGGGGAAUCGUAGAUGCUGAGGAAGGAGAUGGUAUCCUUAAAGACACUAUAGAUACAAAUAUUGCAGAACCUGAAAACAAAAGAGGGAAAGCCAGUGAUUCAUCUGAUAAUGCUGUUUGUCAAAGGAAAAAAAUGCCAGAGUCCAAGGAUGUAAGACCAGAGUCAUUAAAACAUUGUAAAGUAAAGGACAUUGUGAAAAAUAGACCUCAAAGUAAACAUGCAGAGAAGAAACCCUAUUUGGAAUCAGCACCUGAAGUGCUAGAGAAAAAUAAAGAUGAGGAAGAGAGUGAUUUAGAGUCAUCAGAAGAUGAAGAGAAAGUGUACUUUGAUGACAGCACAGAGGAACGUUUCCACAAGCAGUCCUCCCAGUCUGAAGAGAGCGACGACGAUGACGACUUCUUUGUUGGAAAAGUGAGCAAAUUCAAGAAGAAGAAGAAGAAGACGAAAAGUGCAGAAGAAGAGAAGGGGCAUGAAGUCAAAGUGGACUCAACAGACCAGGUCCAGAGUCAACUCGAUGAGCUUGAGUCCAGACUGAAGGCUAAAGCAACCUCACUACAGUCUGUUUUUUGUUCUUCCCUCUCUGGGUCUAAGCCUCGUGGGGGCAGGGGGGGAGGUGGCGAUAAAUUUAGAGGCCAUGGGAAACCAAGGGGGGGAGGUGCUAUUAAAAGAGAUUUCAGUAAACAAUCCAAGUUCCAAAAGCAGGAAAAAGGAACAGAAAUAAAUUCAGGGUCCAAGUACAGCAAGCCAGAGCCAUCAGAAAAGAGCUUUCCAUCUGGCGGCAGGGGAAGGGGGCGAGGCAGAGGUGAUGUUACUAGGCAGAAGGAUCGCAGGGGUGGAGGUGUGUUCUCCCAUCAGGCUCCACAGCAGGCACUCCAUCCAUCCUGGGAGGCCAGCAAGAAAAGGAAGGAGCAGCUGGGACAGAUCCUGGCCUUUCAGGGGAAGAAAAUUAAGUUUGACGAUGAUGACUGAAACUGUUGUUUCUGUUGUCAUUAGUGUUUAUUAAUGUUGCAUACCUUCAGUUAAGUUUCAUCCAUGCCAUGAUUUUUGUCAUCUGGCGCACCAGUGAAGUGUAAAGGUUGUCUCUUAUUCUGAUGGAUGUUCAUUACCAGUGGUGAUCUUAGUAUAGUUUGUACAAAGCAUCAGUAGAAAAAUAUGUCAAAAUUGUUUUAUUUCUGAAUAUGAUAAUUUUUUUUUUGAGGUUUACCAGUUAACAGUUUGAGGAACAAAGGAAAUUGUAAGAAUGGCAAUUUUGUAAGAAAUUUACUUUUUAAAAAAAGUAAUAUUUUUUAUGCAUUCACUUGUAUACAGUUUAACCACUUUGUCCAAAAUGGUAAAUGUGGUUCAGUUGUUGUGUAGUAAGUGACCCUCACUGUAUGCAAACAACAUAACGUUUAUAUUAUACUUAGGAUUUUAAUGUA